UUCUGUCUUAUCCUACCUGCAAUUCACCUACCUCACUACACAAGGAAAAAAAAGAAAAAGAAAAGAGAGAGAGAAAACCACAGUGAGUAGCCGUUUUCACUGCACAUCUUUUUCAGCUGCCAUUGGCAGAAGAACAACAAACCCAGUUAAGCUUCAUUUUCAUUUUCUUGGUUUCCCCAAGAGAGAAAAGACUUCUACUCUUGUAGAAUGUAUUUGUAUUAUAAUAUUAUCGGGAAUCUUCGUUACAAGUGCUUUCAGAUGAUUAUGCUUUUUAGACAUUGAUUUGAUAAUCACUCCACAAACAAAAUCCAAUCUUUUUUUUUUUUUUACUUCUUUUUCGCUUUCAUUGCAUCUGCCGUCAGUUCCCAGACUUGUAUAUUUGAAUAGUUUCUAAUUGCGUAACAUGAGCUGAAUAAUAUUUUUUGCGCAUGGCCGAAGCCUUGUUCAUUUUGGGUAAUUUUCCAACACCUUUCCUCUCUGUUUCUGGGGAGAGAGAUAAAAGAAGUGACUGUUAAAAGGAGAAAUUCUUUUGGGAUUAUUAUUGAGCAUUUUGUUUAAAAGGACAUUCAAGUUCCUUUUCCUUUUGUUGCCUUUGAACAAAAAUGCUUGGUUCUGUGGGGAAGAGAUAAAUCGGUUGGAGAAGUGCAUUUUGGGAAAACAUUCAUUUUUGUUGGAGAAAUGAACGACAGAUUGGAAAAAACGGCUUCGUCUUUGGCUAUUGUAGAGAAAAAGCCUCAAAAACUAGGAGGAUGUGUGGGUAUUUUCUUUAAGCUCUUUGAUUGGAACCGUAGAUUUGCAAAAAAGAAGCUCUUUUCCAAGAAAUUGCUUCCACCAGUUCGCUUGAAACAAGCUUCAAAGAAAUUUGGUGUAGAUGAGAAUCAGGCAAAGCUUCGUUUGAUUGCUGAUGAGAAUAGUGGGGGAUUUCCUAGCUCAAGGAAAAAAAGUGGGGUUGUUAAUAUUGAUCCUGAGCAAAAACAUGAAAUGCGAGCUCCGGGUUUGGUUGCUAGGCUUAUGGGUCUGGAAUCUAUGCCACCUUUGCAGACAGAGAACUCUAAGAAAGUACCGCUUUCUGGAAAUGUGAAUGAUAAAGCAGAGAAAAUUGAGGAUAAAUCUUGUGGAUAUGUGAGCAAAGAAGUGAAUGUGGAAAAAGUAGGGAGUAAAAAUGAACUGAGGCCUCAAAAGCUUCAGAAGACCGGGUUGUGUGAGAGGCUGCCGGUAGCUAGAUUGGGGGCCGAGGGAUUGCAGUUUAAGAACGUUUUAUCAAGAUCAAGAAAGUAUCAUCCAAAACUUACUUCUCCGGUGAAAAGUCCCAUAAAUCUUUCGGGGAAAAAUGCAUCUAGAUUAAUUGGUGCAGCAACUAGAAUUCUGGAACCUGGAUUGGCAAGAAGUAGGUCAAAACGUGCCCUUGCAUAUUCAAAUACCUCUCAUAAUUCUUCUAAAGGAGAUACUGUUUUGGGGGAAUCAACAGUUCUGUUAACAAGCCAAGUGGACGGUUCUAAAUAUUUUGUUACUCAGCAGCCAAAGGUGCAAUCUUCUUGCAGAACUUGUGGCCAUUUGCUAGAUAAGUUGGAUUCUGAGCCAAGUGUAGAUGAUCAGCCGAUGGUAUUUACUUCUCAGUUCUCCCAUCAUGUUGAGCCCUCUUGUCGAAGGUCAGAAAGGAGCAGGCCUGGAAUCCCCACAUUUAAUGAGGUUCUGGAGGAAUGCCCAUUAUUAACUGCAGGUUCAACCAUGGAAAAUUUUCAACCUCGUGGUAAAUUUUCAUCAAAUAGGAAUCCUUUAAGUGGGGAAACGAGGUGGCAUUUGGGAACUCAACAGCACAAGCCUAAGAAGGACAUGCGUCUCCCUGAUGGUUUUAGCUACAAGACUCAGAGCCAAAAUCAGAUGUUGCGGGCCAGAAAUAGAGUUCCUCCAAGGUCAAAGUACAAUGGUCUGUCGAGCAACAAAGCAUCAGCAUCAAAUGACAUUGAUGAGACAAAAGAUUUUGUUUUUCCUCAUCGAAGCUUCAGUAGUCGUACGAAACUGGGAUUCUCCACCAGAGCUGAUAAUGGCAAAUUUGAAAUGGAGAGGAGAGCUGGUUACGCACAGAAUGAUUCCAUAUUACCAGUGCAAAAGAGAAGGCCGAUUAAUAUCACUAGAGAAAGUGCAAGUCCUGGUUUCUCAAGUUCUUUCAACAAACAAAAAUAUACUGGUGAUCAUGUAAUGAAUAGAAAAGAGAUAGAAUGUAGCGUUCAAUGCAUUAACCGCCAAAGCAAAAAUAGAUUGGACUGUCUUCAAGAUCAAAGCACAGUUGGUAUUAGGAUGGUGGAUAGUAAUGUUGUUUCGUACACAGUUAACUCAGUGAGCCAGAAGACUGGAGUUCAUGCAGGAGUUGCUACAAGAAGGGUUCAAAAUGAUUCAAGUCAUGAGAGCACUUCACAAAAAUCUGCUUUAAAUGAAAAUAUCGAAAAUUCAAGAUAUAAGAAACCAUUUCCUUUGUGUGGAGAUGCAUUAGGUGCACUUUUGGCACAAAAAUUGCAGGAAUUGAAUCUCCAAGGAGAGGAUGAAUUGGGAAUAAAUUCCCCCCCAAAGACCACAGCUAUUAUUCUCCAGGAGUUAAUUUCUGCCUUAACUUCAGAAAGACCGUUUCACCUGGAUAACUCAGCUGCUACAUCUCAUGGGAAAAGUGAUUCGCACCAUUGUAAUUCUAUGUCCAACUCAAAAACAUUGGACAAUUCCCAGGCUAAAGCAAAAAUAUCGAAGUUGUUGGUGGACUGCCCACCUGACAGUGAACACCUCAGCCCAGGAUCUGUUCUUGGGGCUUCUUUUUCCAAUGAAACUUGUCUCUCCAGCAGUAUGGAUAAUAGCUCUGGUUAUAAAAUGCUCUCUGAAACUUUGGAUUGCUCGUAUGAUGAUCCACUGUUUCUCGGCCAUGACACAGACCUUUUAGAUUCUGCAACCUCAGGAAAGGUGGCAAAGAAUAGCAGAGAGGACAUUAUUGAUAUCCACAAUAAUAUUUCAGAAGUUUUAUGCUGUAUUGAACUUGCUAAUGGUGGUUUGAAAGAAAGCACGCUCAACCAUGCAAAAAAGGUCCUUCUGAAAGCUGAGUUGGUGUCUGGAAAUGCAACUCUUCCCAGAUCAGUUUCAAGGCAAAGUUUUUCAAUUAAAUACUUGUUCCUCAACCAACUUGAAACACUCGCAAGUGUUCUCCAGAUGAAUCUUGAUUGCUUUCUUAACAUUGAGGAUGGCAAAGAGAUGAAUCAACUGAGAAGAUUUACUUUUGAUUCUGUCAUAGAGUAUCUGGACUCAAGAUUGGGUCAAUUUGCUAAAUCCGGGUUUAAACUCUCGACAAAAAUGCCAUUUUGCGUGAACACUGAGAUGUUGAUUUUUGAUAUUGUGGAGGAGGUCAGAAGGUGGGGAGAAUCAUCUGGUUUGAUAAAUGAUGAGUUGAUAGAGAAGGAAAUGAGUGAUUCAUUAGGCAAAUGGGCAGCUUUUGAUAUCGAAAAAUUUAAAAUUGGCAUUCAGAUUGGCAUGCACAUAUUCCAGAUUUUGGUUGAUGAGAUUGUUGUAGAACUUUGGAACUGCAAGCCGAACUCCUCUUUGAUUGCACAGGGCUUUAACUAAUUUUCUCAAGUUCCCUAUGACACUGCAUCAUUCUGCUACCAAUACUUAAAUGGAAAUGGUGCCUUUUGCCCAAGCUGAUGUAUUUUAUAGUUGCUGGUGUUAACAGACGGUGUCUCAAGUUCCCAUCCUUUUCCUUCCUCUCCUAUUAUUCUUUUUCUUGACAAAAAUGGGAAAGUGUUUAGAUGCUUAGAUGUUUCAGUAAAUUUAGUAAUGAAUAUUCAUGUAGUUGAUCUCGAAAUUAUUGUGAAGUAUGUUGUU